ACGUCAGAACUGAGCGCUGUGAAAAUAUUGCAAAUCCGUCAUUGCUGUGGAAGAAGAAAAAACUAGUCAGUAAUAUUAAAUUGCGUGAUUCGCCUAAAAGUGUAUUGUGUAGAUCACGUAUCGUUGUUAAUAGUCAUCAUUCUAAAACGUUAUAAUGUCCGGACAUCAAUAUGUUCCAAAUCCGUCGAAUUUGUUCGCGGACGAGGACGACAUCGAUGACGAAUUGUUUCUACGUAAUGCUAGAAGAACUACUGCAAGUAGCAGUACGACCAGUCCACCCACCACGGAUCAAGGUUACAAGUUUGAUCAUUAUCCGAACAAUUUUGUAUCACAAAAUUAUGAUACAAGUAAUACAGAAAAGUACGGUGCUGCUUCGUUAAUAGCUGGAAAAUCUGUCGUAGGGAAUAAUUUCACACGUCCAGAUGUUUUGGGUCCCGAGCCCUAUGAAGCAGGUGCUAACUAUGGUGGAUAUGGUGAACAAAUAGCAGGAGGAUAUGUGGCUGAUCCAUAUGCAGCCGGAACAUCGACAUCGCCUUAUGGUUCUAACGCUUAUAGAUCUGGUUCUGGUAUGUACGGUGAACUAGACUCAGAUGUGGACGAUGAAAUAGUUAGACAAAGACAGACAUUCGAACAAAGAAGAAGAGAGUUGGAAGAAAGCACUUUGCUUACUUCCCAGCGAUGCUUAGGAGUGCUCAGGGAAACAGAACAGGUUGGAAUUGCUACUGCAGAAGAAUUACAUCGUCAGCGAGAACAACUUGAAAAAACUAAAAAGCAGUUGGAUGAAAUCAAUAACUCGCUUCGAUUUAGUCAGAAGCAUCUCAACAGUUUAAAAAGUGUGUUUGGAGGAUUAAAAAAUUAUCUUUCGGGUAGAAUGGCCCCAGAUCCACAGCACCAACAACAGCCGCAAAGUAGUUCAACAGGAAUACCUCGAACAAACAUAUCGCCAUCACAGUCUGAGGAAGCCUAUCCAAAUCCUCAAGAUUUCAGGAUCCCAGAUAACUAUUGGCCUGACGCGACAACUCGUAUGCAACCCGACUAUCAUCAGGGGCAGGACGUGCGGCACAUGAACGGAGUGGUUGGUGAUGGGGCAGGUUUUAGUCAUCAGUUGGAUCAAAAUUUGGACGACAUGCGUGGUAAUUUGUCACGUCUCAAGCAUCUUGCACUGGAUUUGAAUCAGGAAAUUGACAGCCAGAACGAUUUAAUCGACGAUAUCUCUAAUCGGGUAGAUGAUGUCGAUGUAAAAAUAGGUAAACAAAACAAAGAUAUGAAUCGGCUGUUGCGAAAGUGAACCGCGCAAUGUCACAAUUAAACAACGAUAAUUAAUAUUUUCUUUAAAUUUACAAAGCAACUGACUAGCUGUUGAGCUAUAUGAAGAAAAAAGAAAACUAAGAAGCAAAAAAUAAACCACUUUUUGUUGUAAAAAAUACAGUUAGUUAUUAGGAUUUGUAUUUUUGUACAUUCUGACUUGUUCAUUUUUGGAAUCGUAUUUUAUCUAUACCCAUACUAAGUAUAAUUCAAUCGAUAGUAUGUAGUUAAGUCUGUCAAAGAAAAAAGCUAUGGCGUGAACUAUUUAAAUUGUUUAGAUUUCAUACAAUAGGCUUUAAAACAAGGAAGAACUCAAAAUUUAUAUUCAAUACUAGUGAAUGUCUGAUAAUCCUUUGUCUCCUCAAUCACUCAAUUUAAUCAAUGAAAUCUCUUGCGCAGAUAGACAAUGGAACACCCACAGUGUUCAAAAUAUUCCCUUCAUUAUCGGAUUAUGUACAAUACUCGCAUUCCUUACUUGAUAUAAAAUAAAAACAACUUAGGCCGUAUGCAAGCAUCACAAAAUAGAACAAAGCAAAUCACCGAUUGUUAUAGGAUGAUAGGAUAUUGAUUGUUUUCGUUCUGCCAACGAGAUCAGUUUAAAAGAAAAAUUAUAAGAAUAUGCACGUAAAUACAGUCACAUGACAAAAAUGAAACCAUUGGAUAAAUCAUGACGAUAAAAAAGAAAUAUGAUUAAACGACGAAAAUAAGGAGACAAAGUUAUGACCAUAGCAGUUGAUAGUUCCGUGGCAAAAUCUAACAAAAUGGUUACGAAUAAAAGAUACGAUAAUCUGCAAUAUUACAUAAACACA